UACUGAGUCAAGUUAGAUUAAGAAUUACAGUUCAUUCGAAAGUCCACCUGUAUGUUGACAAGCGUACAUUAUGCGUUAAUAAUGUCGAAGUUGCGUUGAUUUUCAUGUAGCAUCAUGAAAUAAUUCGUAGGAAUGUCGAUUAACAAAAGAUUUACAGAUGUAUAAUAUAAUUGAAACUUCAUAGGUACGGAAUCUAAGAGGUUAAGCUACUUGUCAACAUUGAAAACUGUACGCAUCUUGCGUGAACUGUCAAGAAGGAUAAAAUGUCUUUCCUACGUGGUUCCGCACAUUUUGUCUGGUGUACAACCAGUGUUCUCGGGAAAGGUGCAACUGGUGCAGUUUUUCAAGGUGUAAAUAAAAGUAAUGGGGAACCCGUCGCAGUAAAAACUUUCAAUCAGCUGAGUCAUAUACGUCCACACGACGUACAAAUGAGGGAAUUCGAAGUCCUGAAGAAAGUAAAUCAUGAAAACAUUGUUCAGCUAUUGGCGAUUGAAGAGGAACAAGACGGUCGUGGUACUGUGAUUGUUAUGGAACUUUGUACAGGAGGCAGCCUUUUUAAUAUUCUUGAUGAUCCAGAAAACACUUUUGGUCUAGCAGAAAGCGAGUUCUUAUUAGUCCUGGAGCAUUUAACUGCUGGAAUGAAGCAUUUACGCGAUAAUAAUUUAGUACAUAGAGAUUUAAAGCCAGGUAAUAUAAUGAAAUUUAAUGCUGAUGAUGGUAGGACAAUUUACAAGCUUACUGAUUUUGGUGCUGCUAGAGAAUUGCAAGAAGACCAACAAUUUGUAUCUUUAUAUGGCACUGAGGAAUACUUGCAUCCAGAUAUAUACGAACGAGCUGUUCUACGUAAACCAGUAGGAAAAACAUUUGGAGCAACUGUAGAUCUAUGGUCGAUAGGCGUAACGUUAUACCAUGUAGCCACUGGAAAUUUACCAUUCAGACCAUUUGGUGGAAGAAGGAAUAAAGAAACAAUGUUUUAUAUUACUACAGAAAGAGCUACUGGUGUAAUAUCAGGUGUGCAAACUUCAGAAAAUGGACCAAUCGAAUGGAGUAGAGAAUUACCACAAAAUUGUCAGUUGAGUGCUGGAUUAAAAAAAAUCGUAACUCCUUUGUUAGCUGGUUUAUUAGAAGUUGAUCCUCAGAAGAUAUGGAGCUUUGAACGUUUUUUCACAGAAGUUACCGAAACUCUGUCCAGAAAACGUGUGCAUAUAUUUAAUGUCCAUAAAGGUAGUCUAAUAAAAAUCUUCUUGCAUCCAGAAGAGAAACUGACAGCACUGCAACUACAUAUUCAAGAUCAAACCGAUAUUGUUCCACAUGUUCAAAUCCUUUUAUUUGGAGAUGCAUUUUUAACAAAUAUUAUUGAAGAAUCCACACCAGGAAAAGGUUACCCAGAUACAUCUGAAGAUAAACCAUUGAUGUUGUUUUCCAAGGAAAAUAAUAAUGUUGCUCUACCGAUGGACUCUGAGUUACCCAAAUUUCCAGUAUUUGCAAAUUUGGUGUCCGUAGAAAAUGAUGCAAGUCAAGCCAAAGUAGCUUGUUCAAUCGGAUAUGUAUGCAAAAGAAGAAUAGACAAAUUGGUACUGUGCAGUAAGUUAUCACAAGAUGCAAUAAAAGCAUUCAGUGGACUUGUUUCAACAGAACUUACAAGAUUGUUAGAAAAAUGUCAACAUUUUAAAGAAUUUACUAAAGCUGUAGAAGACACUGCAAUAGCAGUAGAAAGAAGUGAGAAUCUUGCUCGACAGAUUUCCAAAAAAUUGGGCAUUCAAAACAGUUUAGAAACAAAGAAUUGGAAAAAAGAACUAGAUUUAAAGAGUAAAGAACUUCUGACUGAAUUAGCUCCUGCAAUAGUACAACUUCAUCAAAGGUAUGUAAAAGAAGGUAGUUUGCGUGCUGGCUGGGAUAAUAAUACUCGUGGAUUAUGGUGUCCAUGGGCGAAUAAAGCGAGUCAAAAAGCAGCAACUUUAGUUGACCGUUUACGAGACGGAUGGCAACAUUUGUUACGGGAUAGAGCUACCCGUAGUCUUACAUACAAUGAUGAGCAAUUUCAUGUACUGGAAAGAAUAAAGGUUACAGAAACGGGACAGAGAAUAAAAAAUCUUCUUGAAACAUUUUGUAUACCAUCAAUGAUAAAUAGAUCUGAAUAUGUUGCCGAUUGGUAUAAAAUUGCGCAAACCGUCUUCCUACAAACUCAAAUAUUAGAUAAAGACGUAGAUAACUAUGAACAAGUAUUAGAAACAUAUUCAUAUCGUUUAUCGCAAGAGAGUAAAGAACAUUAUGAAAAUAUUUUACAUUUAAUCGAUAGACUUCCAGGAAAAUUAAAAACAAGUGAGAAAACUAAUCAACCUACUCAAGAAAGUGCAAAAGUAUGGAAAAAACUUUGUGUUACACAAGAAAGCCUUACAAUGAUUUUACAUAGAAAUGGGCGACUUAUCGAUCAGCUUGAUCGUUUGUCAUCGCUCGAAGGUAUAGAGGAUACAGAUGAUUUGGAAUACAUAUCAAUUUAGCAAUUACUACUUUAAUUUUUACCCUUUCUUUUACAUUUUUAAGAAUAAGACUGACAUGUAUAGCAAGUUUAAAGAACGCAUAUUGUUAAAGAAUAAGUAAUAUAGUGUACCUAGAUGUAAAUAUUAAGAUACAAUGUACAGUGUAAGAGUCACAAAUUAUUUUCUCUUACUAGACGAGGGACAUAUGAUAAAAAUUGGUGUAUUAUGUAUAUAGUCAAUGUCCAUAAACUAUAUUUUCACGUAUUUGCAAUGUAUAUACAGCACUAAUAAAUACGAAUUGUGAAGUAGAUCAUAUUGCUCAGUUACAUUAGGAAAAAAACUAUAAAAACAAAUUGGACUUAGUACUUAUUAUAUACAUGUAUAUUGAUUUAAUACGGGUAAAAAAAAUUGUAAAUAUGUCAUUGUAUUUAUAGACAUAAUACGUUUAUGCAGUAAAAAAGUAUAGAUAUAUACAAAUACUAGUUUAUCUUUAUAGAAAUAAUUAUGUAUAAUUUAAAAUUUUAGCUUAUGCAAAUGUUACAGUAAUCCUUUGUUCACAUAUUUUUCAAUAGAUUUUGUUGACCUGCGAAAUGCAAUAAUGUAUAUGUAAAAUACCACUUAGUAAUAAAAAACGUAAUUUUUAUAUUUUACUUUUCGAAAAUAUUUCUAAUUAACGUGUUUUUUUUCUAAUGAAUAUGUAAUUAAACUUUACUUCAUUCAGAUAAUCCUUAAUUACAAUUAAUUCAAAUCACUGUGACUUUUUAAUGACAAAAU